AUGAGGCUUAGUGAAUACUUGGUUGAGCGCCUCGCCCAGCUGGGCGCAAAGCACAUCUUCGGCUGCCCAGGUGACUACAACAUGCAGUUCCUGGACGUCAUUGAUGACGACAAGCGUGUGCAGUGGAUCGGCUGUGCCAACGAGCUGAAUGCGGCGUACGCUUGCGAUGGCUACACCCGUGCCACGGGUGAAAUCAGUGUCUUGGUCACCACCUAUGGUGUGGGUGAGCUUUCGGCAGCGAACGGUGUGGCUGGUAUGUUUGCAGAGAGCCUCCCGGUGAUUCACAUCGUCGGUAUGCCUACGACCGAAUCGCACUCGAGCCACCGCCAAAUGCACCACACGCUCGAUGCCAACCUGUAUGACAACUACUACAAGAUGGCUCGGUACAUCUCCGUGGACGCAGCCAUGAUCGGCUGGACACGUCAGGACUGGCAGAACGCUGCGCCGACGAUCGAUCGCGUGCUCACGUCGCUGGUGCAGGAGCGUCGCCCUGUGUACCUGAGUGUGCCAUUGGACCUGUUUGAGCUCGAGGUGCCCUCGGAGGAGCUCAAGAACCCAAUCCCGACCUCGCGUCCCCAGCCGAACCAAGAGCAGCUGGAGUACGUCGUGAAGGUCGCGACGAACCACUUUAACGAGGCCAAGCGUCCUCUGGUGUUGGUCGACUACUGCGUCGGUCGUUCGCGUGCAAUGUCCGUGGUGGACGAGUUUGUGAAGCAAACAGGUCUACCUGUCGCGGUUGCGCCGAUGGGCAAGAGUCUGUUCCCGGAGGACGAUGAUCAUUUCCUGGGCGUGUACCUCGGCGGCACGUCGCACAAGAACCUCAAGGACUUUGUCGACACAGUGGAUCUGUUGAUCAUUAUCGGUGGUCUGCCUAGUGAUAUGAACACAGGCCGCUUCUCUUACUCGACUCCGGCGUGCAAUGUGAUCAACUUUCACACCAAUACGACGUCGAUUGGCUACUCGGAGUUCAGAAAGAUCGGUAUGCACGAAGUACUUCCACGUCUCGGUCCGCUCCUGGCUAAGGACAAGGCCAUGCGCCUAAGCUACACACAGGAAGUGAAGAAACAAGUGCAGGACCCGCCACAACAGCUGCCAUCCAGUGACUCGCCGGUGAUCCACGACUACUUGUGGGACCGCAUCGGCUCGUUCCUGCGUGCCGGAGACCACAUGGUCGUAGAAGUCGGUUCGUCGACCUAUGGCGCUGUGUUCUCACACAUUCCUCGCCAUGCUCGUUUCCACGAGCAGAUUGCGUACGGCUCGAUCGGCUGGAGUGUUGGUGCGACGCUUGGUGUCUCUAUGGGUGUCGAGCAGCACGGCGGUCGCUGCAUUACGUUUGUUGGUGACGGCAGUCUGAUGAUGUCUGUCCAGGAGAUCGCGACAAUGAUGCGAUACGGCGCCAAGCCCAUUAUCUUUGUCUUGAACAACGACGGCUACGAGAUUGAGCGUGUGAUUCACGGCCCAGACCGUGAAUACAACAACAUUGCAUCGGUCGACUUUAGCUUGAUGCUCGACUUUUUCAACCGCGACCGCAAGGUGCGCAGCAACGUCCCCGACAUGUCCGAGGAGGUCACGAAGCAGCGUGAGGAGAGCCACAAGCAUGACCAGGCUGUCCAGAAGCGCUACCAUGCCGUGCGCACUUGUGGCGAGUUGGACCAGCUGCUGAGCAGCGACGCGUUCCGCAACGAGGAUGCGAUCCACGUCGUUGAGCUGUUCAUGCCACGUGGCAAUGCUCCCGAUCUGCUCGAGACCAUUAUGGGCCAGAAAAAGUAA